AUGGUUUCAAAACAAAUCACUGUGUUUCUGUUAUUGCUUACACUGAACGUGAUCCAUGGAAUGGGAUACAAUGCCGCACAUCAACGUUUGAAAGGUCAUGGUGGGAGUGAUUCAGACGGAGAUGAUUCCGACAGUUCUGAAGGAGUAUCAAGAGGGCCACGAGGUUACCCAGGUCCACCAGGACCACAAGGUCCACCAGGAGAUCCAGGAAUCGGACCGCGAGGGGCUCCUGGCAGCUCCGGGCCACGAGGACCACCAGGACAGUCGUCUGCUGGGAAACCAGGUGCUCCAGGAGCAUCAGGAAAGCCAGGUGCAAAGGGAUCUCCCGGAGAGAAAGGUGACACAGGAGCUCCUGGGAAACCAGGAGAAAAAGGCAGUACAGGACCAAGAGGACCUCCUGGCCCAUCUGGAUUAUCAAUUCCUGGUAAACCAGGCUCCCAAGGGGCACCAGGAUCACCAGGAGCACCUGGACCGAAAGGCAAGUCAGGAAGUCCAGGUCAACCAGGCCCAAAGGGAGAAAAGGGAUCUGGGGCUCCAGGGGCACCAGGUGAAAAAGGUGCUCCAGGACCAAGAGGGCCACCAGGUCCGUCUGGACCAAAAGGAAUUGGAAAAACCGGGCCUCCUGGUAAACCAGGUUCCAAUGGGGAGAGAGGCGCGCCCGGUUCACAAGGAAAGCCAGGAGCACAAGGCCAGAAAGGGCCACCAGGUCCACCUGGACAAUCAAGAAAUGGAUCCCCUGGACCUAAAGGAGAACCGGGAUCACCCGGAUCUCCUGGACCAAAGGGCUCACAGGGUCAAAAAGGUUCGCCGGGAGCACCAGGAAUGCCAGGCACUGGUAAACCUGGAAAUCCAGGACCCAGAGGAGAGCGUGGCCCUGCAGGCUCAAAUGGUUAUCCUGGAAAAACUGGGAAAAAGGGAGAGCCAGGUCAACCUGGACCACAAGGACCACGAGGACCACAAGGCCCACCAGGCCAGGAAGGUCCAAAAGGGAAUCCAGGGCAAAAUGGUGCACCAGGACCAAAAGGUAAUCCAGGGCCACCAGGUCCACAAGGGCUUCAAGGACCAAAGGGACAGCCAGGGCCAAAUGGUGCACCAGGAAAGUCAGGAUCUCCAGGACUUCCAGGUAGACCAGGCCCAGAGGGUCAACAAGGAAUUCCUGGUCAAAAGGGUGACCCAGGACUAUCAGGAUCACCUGGUAAAUCAGGUAGCCCAGGUUCUCCAGGGUCACCUGGGUACCCUGGAAAAGAAGGAAUGAGAGGGCCUGCUGGACCACAAGGUCCAAGAGGUCUACCUGGAUAUCAAGGAUCUCCUGGAAAUCCAGGCGAAAGAGGGGAACCUGGCCCGCCUGGUCCCCCAGGUAUGCCAGGUAAUUAUUAUGGAAAAAUAUCAGGUGAUGUACCUGAUUCACCUGGACGGGAAGGACCUCCAGGUCCACCAGGACGUCCUGGUCCACCAGGACCACCUGGAAAAGUGGUUGUGCAAUCAGAGAAGCAUAAAAUACCAGCAUUUACAGCCAUUCUCUCUCAUUCAUUUUCAUCGACAGACCAACCAGUGGUGUUUGACAAAAUAUUAAUCAAUUCAAAUGAUAAUUAUGAUCCAUCAACUGGGAUUUUUACAUGCAAAAUACCUGGCAUCUAUCAAUUUUCUUAUCACAUACAUGUCAAAGGAGCGAGUGUUUGGGUUGGAUUAUAUAAAAAUGAAGAAGCCAUAAUGUAUACAUUCGAUGACUAUAAAAAAGAUUACAUCGAUCAGGCCUCAGGUAGUGCUAUAAUAAGCUUACGCAAGAAAGACAAAGUUUACAUUAAGUUACUGUCAGAAGAAUUCAAUGGUUUGUAUUCAUCUGAAAAGAAAAGUUCUUCCUUCUCAGGGUACCUAAUUGUUCCAUCUUGA